GCUGAUGAUUACUUAGUGAUCUUAUUUAUAUGUACACUUAAUUUUAAGGCUAGAGAUAUCGAUGAAGGCUGAAGCAAAAGCGUUAAGUAAUGCUUAAGCUCAUCCAGUUUCCAUAUCUCUAAUUUGUGUAAAGUGAUUCUGUCUUUCUUCGUCGGCAUGCCGCAACUGCGUUUGUAUUAGGAACCCACUAUAUUUUCAAAAUUACCACAAGAAAUUUAAAGUUACAUACUAAACUGCAACAGCCUGCUGUGUUAAACAAACGAUUUAAUUUAUUUAGUACAUUAUAAGUAACAAGCGUAUUACAUUAUGCCUGAAGAUAAGAAAAACCAGAAACGAAACGACCCUAAAGAUCAGCGUCGCCCACGAGGUCGUCGUAAUGAUGCACAAGUCACAGACAAGAAGGCAGAAAAAAAAUCUGAUGAGCCCAAGGAAGUACCGAAAGCUCCUGCUAAACCAACGUACCAAGAACCAGGGCCAGAAUUUUAUAAAAAUCUAAAAAGGGAAACAGAUGAGAUCCUUAAAAUCACAGAAGAAGAGAGUAACAAGUAUAAAAAGAAGGAGAUCCAGAGUAAUUGGUCUAAAUAUGAAAUGCCUAUUGACAGUUAUGAUGAAAUUGAGGAACAAGAAAAUAUGGGAGCAGAUUAUGAGAAACUUAUUGAAGCUCCCUUGGCAGUCGGGGGUCAUUUUCAAUUUAAGCACGAAAAAACAUGGGAAACAAACACUGGACCAUCACCAUACGACAAAUAUUUCGAAAUAAACAUGGAUACCCUCAGCCUGGCUUUAUCUACCAUACCGUUCUAUGAAAGGAAUUCCAUAGACAAAUCAUUUUUUACUGAUACGGACAUAACGAAUAUGAAUAACAGAGCUACAAGGUAUAGACAAAAGUAUUUCAAUGAGAAUAAAUAUAAAAAUUGUAAUGAUAAAGAUACCAAAGAUACUUCUCCGCAGCAUGAAAUUCAACAAAAAAUUAUUAAUGAUCUUAUCAAGGAAGAUGACAAUGAUGAUAAUGCAGCACCAAAUACAGAAUCAGCUAGUGAUACAUUAAAAAAUGAGAAUCCUACAAAUUCAGAGACAUCAAUGGAUAUUAUUGACUUAGAAUCAAAAGAGGAAAUAUCAAAAGAAACUGUAAUUUUGAAUAAUUCAAAACAAAUGGAGCCAACAAGUAAUAUAUGUCCUGUUGGUGUUAAAGUGAAAGAUAAUUCAAAUGAUAGUGAAGACGAAUUACUUUUCGCGAAAAUUGAAAAACCAUUGGCCAACCUUAAGACUGAAAAAGUGCUAAAUGAAAUCAAAUUGUCAUCAGAAAUAACUGGAGAUGUACAAGACAAGAAUCCCGUAAUCGAAUCACCAGAAGAUCUUGAGAAGUGGCUUGAUGACUUUUUGGAUGGUUAAAAUUGAAUUAAGAGCUUCAAUUA